AUGGCGGUGCCGGCUCGGACCUGCGGCGCCUCUCGGCCCGGCCCGGCGCGGACUGCGCUCCCCUGGCCCGGCCGCGGCCCCCGGCCCGGCCCCGGCGCCCGGCGCCCGCCGUCCGGGCCCCCGCGCCCGCUGUUGCUGCUAUUGCCGCCGCUGCUGCUGCUACCGCUGCUCGCCGCCCCCGGCGCCUCUGCCUACAGCUUCCCCCAGCAGCACACGAUGCAGCACUGGGCCCGGCGCCUGGAGCAAGAGAUCGAUGGCGUGAUGCGGAUUUUUGGGGGCGUCCAGCAGCUCCGUGAGAUCUACAAGGACAACCGGAAUCUGUUUGAGGUGCAGGAGAACGAGCCUCAGAAGUUGGUGGAGAAGGUGGCAGGAGACAUCGAGAGCCUGCUGGACAGGAAGGUGCAGGCCCUGAAGAGAUUGGCCGACGCUGCAGAGAACUUCCAGAAAGCCCACCGCUGGCAGGACAACAUCAAGGAGGAAGACAUCCUGUACUAUGACGCCAAGGCCGAUGCUGAGCUGGACGACCCUGAGAGUGAGGAUGUGGAGAGGGGGUCCAAGGCCAGCACCCUAAGGCUGGACUUCGUUGAGGACUCAAACUUCAAGAACAAGGUCAACUACUCGUACACGGCCGUGCAGAUCCCCACGGACAUCUACAAAGGCUCCACUGUCAUCCUUAAUGAACUCAACUGGACAGAAGCCCUGGAGAAUGUGUUUAUCGAGAACCGCAGGCAGGACCCCACACUGCUGUGGCAGGUCUUUGGCAGUGCCACAGGAGUCACUCGCUACUAUCCAGCCACCCCAUGGCGAGCCCCUAAGAAAAUCGACCUGUACGAUGUCCGAAGGAGACCCUGGUAUAUCCAGGGGGCCUCGUCGCCCAAGGACAUGGUCAUCAUCGUGGAUGUGAGCGGCAGCGUGAGUGGCCUGACCCUGAAGCUGAUGAAGACGUCCGUCUGUGAGAUGCUGGACACGCUCUCUGAUGAUGACUAUGUGAACGUGGCCUCGUUCAAUGAAAAGGCACAGCCUGUGUCAUGCUUCACACACCUGGUGCAGGCCAAUGUGCGUAACAAGAAGGUGUUCAAGGAAGCUGUGCAGGGCAUGGUGGCCAAGGGCACCACAGGCUACAAGGCCGGCUUUGAGUAUGCCUUCGACCAGCUGCAGAACUCCAACAUCACUCGUGCCAACUGCAAUAAGAUGAUCAUGAUGUUCACGGAUGGUGGUGAGGACCGCGUGCAGGAUGUCUUUGAGAAAUACAAUUGCCCCAAACAGGUGCGUGUGUUCACUUUCUCCGUGGGGCAACACAACUACGACGUCACACCCCUGCAGUGGAUGGCCUGCGCCAACAAAGGUUACUAUUUUGAGAUCCCUUCCAUUGGAGCCAUCCGCAUUAACACACAGGAAUAUCUGGAUGUAUUGGGCAGGCCCAUGGUACUGGCAGGCAAGGAGGCCAAGCAGGUGCAGUGGACCAACGUGUAUGAGGAUGCACUGGGGCUGGGGUUAGUGGUGACAGGGACCCUCCCUGUUUUCAACCUGACACAGGAUGGCCCUGGGGAAAAGAAGACCCCAUGCCUCUGCUCCCAGAACCAGCUGAUCCUGGGUGUGAUGGGCAUCGAUGUGGCUCUGAAUGACAUCAAGAGGCUCACUCCAAACUACACGCUUGGAGCUAACGGCUAUGUGUUUGCCAUUGACCUGAACGGCUACGUGUUGCUGCACCCCAACCUCAAGCCCCAGACCACCAACUUCCGGGAGCCUGUGACUCUGGACUUCCUGGAUGCUGAGCUGGAGGAUGAGAACAAAGAGGAGAUCCGUCGGAGCAUGAUCGAUGGCAACAAGGGCCACAAGCAAAUCAGAACGCUGGUCAAGUCCCUGGACGAGAGGUACGUAGACGAGGUGAUGCGGAACUACACCUGGGUACCUAUAAGGAGCACCAACUACAGCCUAGGGCUUGUGCUCCCGCCCUACAGCACCUUCUACCUCCAAGCCAACCUCAGUGACCAGAUCCUGCAGGUCAAGUAUUUUGAGUUCCUGCUCCCCAGCAGCUUUGAGUCUGAAGGACAUGUUUUCAUUGCUCCCAGAGAGUAUUGCAAGGACCUGAAUGCCUCAGACAACAACACCGAGUUCCUGAAAAACUUCAUUGAGCUCAUGGAGAAAGUGACUCCAGACUCCAAGCAGUGCAACAACUUCCUUCUGCACAACCUGAUCUUGGACACAGGCAUCACACAGCAGCUGGUGGAGCGUGUGUGGCGGGACCAGGAUCUCAACACGUACAGCCUUCUGGCCGUGUUUGCUGCCACUGAUGGUGGCAUCACUCGUGUAUUCCCCAACAAAGCAGCGGAUGACUGGACGGAGAAUCCAGAGCCCUUCAAUGCCAGCUUCUACCGUCGUAGCCUGGACAACCAUGGCUAUGUCUUCAAGCCCCCGCACCAGGACGCCCUGUUAAGGCCACUGGAGCUGGAGAAUGACACAGUGGGCAUCCUCGUCAGCACAGCUGUGGAGCUCAGCCUGGGUGGACGCACACUGAGGCCAGCAGUGGUAGGUGUUAAGCUGGACCUAGAGGCCUGGGCCGAGAAGUUCAAGGUGCUAGCCAGCAACCGUACCCACCAGGACCAGCCUCAGAAGCCUAUCAUUUGGCCUGGGGGUCUCAACAUCCCACCCUCUACAGCUUUACCACAACUGGGGGAGUGGUGCCCCUUCUACCCAACCACCCGACUGCCAGGGUCUGGGGAGGAAGGUCUGGGCCUGAGCCCCUCUCCAUCUUCCCCCUCCUUCUCCACCUUUCAGGACCUGCUCUGUGUCCUCAUUGAUGAUGGGGGAUUCCUGGUGCUGUCAAACCAGAAUCAUCAGUGGGACCAGGUGGGCAGGUUCUUCAGUGAGGUGGAUGCCAACCUGAUGCUGGCACUCUACAAUAACUCCUUCUACACCCGCAAAGAGUCCUACGACUAUCAGGCAGCCUGCGCCCCCCAACCCCCAGGCAACCUGGGUGCUGCACCCCGGGGGGUCUUUGUGCCCACUAUUGCAGACUUCCUUAACUUGGCCUGGUGGACCUCGGCUGCAGCCUGGUCCUUGUUCCAGCAGCUUCUCUAUGGCCUCAUUUAUCACAGCUGGUUCCAGGCAGACCCCGCGGAGGCUGAGGGGAACCCCGAAGCGCGAGAGAGCAGCUGCGUCAUGAAACAGACCCAGUACUACUUCGGGUCGGUGAACGCCUCCUACAACGCCAUCAUCGACUGCGGAAACUGCUCCAGGCUGUUCCACGCGCAAAGACUGACCAACACCAACCUUCUGUUCGUGGUGGCCGAGAAGCCUCUGUGCAGCCAGUGUGAGGGUGGCCGGCUUCUGCAGAAAGAGACACACUCGGACGGCCCGGAGCAGUGUGAACUGGUGCAGAGACCGCGAUACCGGAGAGGCCCGCAUAUCUGCUUUGACUACAACGCGACGGUGAGGAGGGGGCGGCGCACUUUACAUCCCGGCCCCCUCCCUUCCCUGGGCCGCCCGGCCGACCUGCACCUUGCCUCUUCCCGCAGGAAGAUACCUCAGACUGUGGCCGCGGAGCUUCCUUCCCGCCGUCGCUGGGCGUCCUGGUCUCCCUGCAGCUGCUGCUCCUCCUGGGCUUGCCUCCUCGGCCGCAGCCCCAAGUCCACGCCCACGCCUCGCGCCGCGUCUGAGCGCCCCCUCCUGCCCCUCCCCAGGCCUCCCCGCCUCUCCCCUGCCUCCCACACCCCGCCUUAGAGCCUCGCUUCCUCCCUCACCGAAGGACCUGAGUAGCCAGGCCCAAGUCUGAGCCUUGGAAGGGGGGGGGGGGGGAUCCCAAAGGAGGGUGCCGCAGGUCUUUGGCCCCCAAGCCACAUCUCGCCGCCGAACUGUCAAAGUGACCCCAGACCCCUUAUUCCCACUGGACUCACCCGCCCCUGAGGGCUGGGACAGGGAAGCCACAGUACUGGUGCCAAACCAGGCCUCCACUGCCCACCCUGCCCCAAGGCUCCCUUUGUGUGGGAGACCUAGGCCCUGCCCCAGCUGGACUUCUCUAACCUGGCCCUUAUGUCCCACCCAGGACCAAAUCUGGAUUCCCUGGGAAUAAUGAAGUUGAGAUGGGCAGUUUGAGGCUUGUGCAUCCCAUCUUAAGUCCUGGCAGGAGGGAGGUCCUGAGGCAGCCCCUCGAUGGCUCCUGCCCCUAUCAGGCCUACAGCCACCUCCCACCUUCUUCCAGCCCUGCAGGUGACAGGCCAGUGACAGUGACACUGGCUCAGACACAACCCCAUAAACACCUGGAGCCCUGAGGGCAGAAACUGGAUUCACAUUAGACUUACCUAGGAGGACGAACACACAUACACACACACACACAUACACAAACACACACACAAACACACCAUGGGGUGGGUGGGGGUAGGGGCUCACAAAGCCUUACACAGGGCAGGGGGUUGGUGGGAGGGUUGGCACAUGCACACUUCAUCUGCUCACUGCCCACCUCUAAUCUGACCUGCAGCCCAGCUGGUCCUCUGUCUCUAAAGCUGAAUGUCAAACAGUGCCAAAUGCUGGGACAGGGGGUUCACCUCUGUCCCACCCUAGCCACCAGUGUCCUGGAAAUGUCCCUCACCCCACCAGGUGCUCAUUGUAACCAUUUCGCACUAGUGUCAGGCCCCCAGCGAGACCACAUGCCACUGCCUGCACCUCUUGGCAGAGGAAUCUUCACCAGACAUUGCCCUUUGCCUUAGCCAGAGUGACAUGAUCACUCCUGGCUGGGCUAUCCCACCCCCAAUCUGGCCCUUACAUACUCAGGCCUGUGCUCCACUCCCUGUUUCUUCACACUCACACAAUGGGGGAGGGGGAGCAAACUGCUCUCCCCUGCUGAACACACACAUGCACGCAUACGCACACACAUGCACACACUCUGUGCACACACAGAGGCUGGGCCCAGGCACAUGUCUUCACACCAUUCAUUCUGAUCAUUUCCCCCAUAGGCAUCGCAGCCUGGGGGCAAGUGGGGGACAGGAGAGCAGGGGGAGGUGGCCAAGAGGCUCAGAUGGACUGGGAGGAGGGGGGAGGGUGAUGCAUUAAUUAAUGGCUCCAUUAAUUAAUGUCACGUUGCUUGUUGCUUUCUCAGUGUGUGUGUAUGGUCCAUGCCCGCUGCUGGUGCCAGGGUGGGCACCCAUGCUGUACACCCAGCCUAGAUGCCAGCCAUGUCUUGCGGGGGGCGUGUGUGUAACUGUAGUGUAGUCAGGUGCUCAAUGGAGAAUAUAAAAAUAAAAAAGAAACAUAUACAAAAAAAUAAAUAUAUAUUUUAAGUUUAAAAAACAGGAAAACAGACAAACAAUCCCCAUCAGGUAGUUGUCCAACCCCCAGCUGGGUCUAAUCCUUCUCAUCACCCACCCGACCUGGCUGCCCCCUCACCUCGGGCUCGGGGGAUCUGUGGGGGACUGGGGGGCCAUUUCCUCUUCUCUGCCCUUUUUUUUUUUGGUUGUUGUUCUAUUUUGUACAGACAAGUCAGAAAAACAACAGUGACAAAAAAGUCAAGAAACUUUGUAAAAUAUCGUGUGUGUGAUUCCUUGUAAAAUAUUUUCAAAUGGUUUAUUACAGAAGAUCAGUUAUUAAAUAAUGUUCAUAUUUUC